AUGAAACUUGCAUGUAAUCUCGAAGAGGAGCAUUCGCCCAGACUUAUGCAUAUCCUCUUAGCGGACGAAAAGUGGUCCUCUUGUUUGGAGGAGACUGUAGCCUUGCAAUCAUUGCAUCAGAAGGAAGCAGGCCCUGUCGAAAUCGACCAGGGCUAUGCUGUGCAUAUCCAGGAAGCCAAAGAGGUCCCGCAGCAAGUAGAAUACUUCAGCUUCGGACAACAGGCUCAAGCUGUUGUUCCAGCUUCUUACAACCAAAGCGAGCGCAUGGGCCAACAGCCGACCACUUACAACGUUUUCGAGGCCAAUUUCCCCAAGGAAAUUCAGAUCCCACCACAACUGUCACCACCAAGGACGUAUAGCUUUUAUGAAACUCCGUUCGGGCGCCGUUUGCACAGAGCUUGCCUUGAAGCGGGUUAUCAGCUCCUGCUCGACCCUAUGCGUCGGCCUCAUACCUACGACAGGGUCUUCAGGCUUUCGCUGAUUAGUCAAGAUCGGGCCCAACUGAUUGCUGCUUUCCAAGCGACGCUGGAACGAGGCAAACACGAGGUACUGAGCUCCCUUUCUGCUCCUCUGAUUCACGUGGGAGGGGCAGGUACUCAUUAUCCAUACCGAGACCAAUUCGGCAACCUGCAGGCUAGAAGAGAUUCUUAUAACGUCUGCUUCGUCGGACCACAGACCCUUGCGGUGCUAGAUAAUCUGGGACGCGACAGUCUCAGUGCAGACAUGACCGUCGAAAUAGCAGGAUUCGAAGGCGAGUGCUUUGACCCAUACGACGUUGAAGGGUAUUUAGAGGAAAAGGCCAUCUCGAUCGAUGCUACUUUAUCAUUCGCCGCAGUCGAGAUCAUGGAACACACACCUACUCCAGAGAGCAUGUCAACGUCCCCCAGACCUAUGUCGCAGACGCCAAGAGGUGAGGUUCGGUAUUCUACAGAACAUCGAAUUGCACCAUUCAAUCUUGAACAACUAAAAGUGGUGGAGCACGCUCUGGCGGACCCGAAUCAAUGGAACGACUUCUCUAAAAUGACUUUCUCUGGCGUGAGCUACCCCGACGCGGCUACGAGUCCCUGGACGGACCUUGUUGGAUCUGCCCAUCUAGGGAAGCAACAUUAA